AUGUUUCCACACCAACAACCACAUCAAAAUCAGGUGACAGUGUUUCCACACCAACAACCACAUCAAAAUCAGGUGACGGUUGUUUCCACACCAACAACCACAUCAAAAUCGGGUGACGGUGUUUCCACACCAACAACCACAUCAAAAUUAGGUGACGGUGUUUCCACACCAACAACCACAUCAAAAUCAGGUGACGGUGUUUCCACACCAACAACCACAUCAAAAUUAGAUGACGGUGUUUCCACACCAACAACCACAUCAGAAUCAGGUGACGGUGUUUCCACACCAACAACCACAUCAAAAUCAGGUGACGGUGUUUCCACACCAACAACCACAUCGAAAUCAGAUGACAGUGUUACCACACCAACUUCUAUAUGGAAAUCAAGUGUCUGUGUUACCACUGAAACAAUCAUAUCAAAAUCAGAUGACGGUGUUACCACACCAACAACAACAUCAAAAUCAGUAGAUGGUAUUACCACACCAACAACCACAUCAAAAUCAGAUGACGGUGUUUCCACACCAACAACAACACCAAAAUCAGUAGAUGGUGUUACCACACCAACAACCACAUCAAAAUCAGAUGACGGUGUUUCCACACCAACAACCACAUCAAAAUCAGAUGAAAAUCAUUCAACAAAACAGUCAUCAAUAACAGUAUCCCCAGUGUCAACAGCAUCAUUACAAACAGUAUCACCAGAAAAACCACCACCUCCAUCAUCACAACAAUCAUCAUCAUCACCAUCAGUACCAACAUCUCUAUCAGUAUCACUACCAUCAUCAUCAGUAUCAUCAUCACCAAAUGAACCUUUAACAUUUGUUACAUCAACAUCAUCAAUAUCAUCUGAAACUACAACAAUUACUACAAUAACAACAACACCAAUUACAACAACAAUAACACCAGCAGCAGCAAAUGCAAGAUCAAAACCUGUUAGAUCAGCUUUACAAGUUUCUAUAACAGAUGCAACAAGUAGUAGAGAACACACCAGUCAUUUGAAUGACCUUGGCUCAUUGGGUAGACAGUCAGACAGAGCAGAAUCACUCACAGACAACUUGUCACCUCCAGAAGUUGACUGUUUUACGCCUUCAAUGUUUCCUACCACCUCUUCAAGAAAUUCUUCAGCAUUAUCUUCAAUGUUAUCAACAGAGACUUCUGAACAAUCCACAAUAUUUUCCAAUAAUGUCAGACCAAGUUCUAUCCCAACAGCAACAAUAUCACCAAAUUGCAGAUCAGAAUCAAGCUUAACAAGGGAAGGGCGGCGAGACAUAGUACUUCUUCAUGCUGAGGCUGACACAGACCUAGCUCAGACAUGCAGGGAUCAUCUCACUGAGGAAAUUGGUACAGGAUUUCAGAGCUUCACAGCUGACCUAUUUUCUGAGAUUGACAGCGGUAGAACAGUAAUGAGGAGCCUGGAACAAUUACAUGAAAAAUAUAGAAACAUUCUAGUUCUUGGUACUCAAAACCUAGCAGACGACAGCUUUGCUAGGUUUUUAGAGGAAAAUAUACUAUCUAAAGGAAUAAAAGAUGGAAAGGGAAAACAGAAUAGGGUAAUUCCAAUAUGGGUGACCAACGAUUGCAAGGAUCUGAUAUCUGAGUUAAGUAUUAUAAAUGGAUUUGAUUAUUUCCACUUCUUAUCAGACCGUACUUCAAGUUGUGCAAAGGGAUAUAUUAAGUGUGUUAAAAGAAGUGUUGAACAAGGCAGGAAAAAGUUCAAAUGAAAUUAUUGGAUGAAAUAUCCUAAUCUCUGGUUCACUUUAAUUUAUUUGGAUUUAAAAGAAAUAUAGAGGGGAGUGUAUGGUCAACUUUGCAAUUAGAACUCAUUUGUUAAUCAAACAUAAGUGUGGCAAAACAGUAGAGCAUUCACCAACUUUGCUGGGUGCGAUGUGUGCUCAAUUCUUGGCAGUAACACAUUUUGUGUCGACAGCAUGGAAGUUUAUUUGUGAUACAUCCAACAUAUCCUAGAGAUGGGCAUUGCACUAUAAACAUUUGUAGAAACUAUUGCCUACAUGUAACUGAACGAAUGUUUAAAGUAAAAUUAAAAUACAAAAACUCAUUCAAACUGUGGAUAAAACAAAUGCUGUGAAUGAUUUUUUAACUUCAUGUCAAGAUAUAGCAUUUUUUGCACGGUUUGGAGUCAAAGCUGAAAAGAACUAAAGCUGUAUCUAAUGAAAUUUGUUGAUAAAAUCCAUUGAAAGUAAAUUUAUGUUGCUUCUAUAAUGUUCUCAAAAGAGUUGUGCCAUAAAAUGUCUAUGUUAUUUAAUACACAUGGACAAUGUACGUAAACUGAAUAAAAUGUUACAGAUCAAAAUAUUAUACUGUACUGAUUAAUCUGUUUAGUGAUAAUAUCAUGCAUGUGCCAUUUGUUCUUAAGAAAAUUAUACACAAACAUAUAUUUUUUUAAGAAAGGUACUCAUUCAUUUUCAAACAAUUCAACCAGUAUUUUUGUUUUUGUAAACUACAGGAAGCAAAUUUACAGCUUUAUACAUUUUUAUACACUUUUAAGCACUCAUUUUAAAUUAAAUGGAAAUUGAAAAAUAAAACUGUUUGCAUGUAUAUAAUUUGAUGAAAAUGGUUGAAUAACCUAUUGUGAUAGCUGUUGAUACUGUGAUAAGGCUUAAGAUAAAAUAUUAUUACCCUUCCAGAUUUUUUCGGCCUUUUUGAUUGGAUAUUGAUCACCCGAAAGAAAUUGAUAUUACCGAGCCAGACAGGUAAUAUACACAUUAAAUUUCCCCGAAGGGUACCCCACGUUGUAAACAACAUGUGCCGUGCGAUGCGCGUACGGUUUGAUUUUACGCGAUAUAAAUUCCGAUUUACAAGCACUUUUAAACUGUCAAAUGAUAAAUAUUUACCAAAAUAGAGUAAUGAUACAUAUUCUCGUCAGUAUAGGAAACAAAUAUGACCUUGUGAAAGCUUGAUAUUAAUUCCAAAAAAGUGCAUUCAACAGUCUACUCCUUUUCUCAUGUUUACAUUCGUUAUGUUCGAAAGAAAAUACGUCAUGUAUUUACGUGACGUCAUGUUGUGGUGAAGGGGUACCCUAAAGGGAAUCUUAUUUCGAUGUUUCAUUUAAAGUAGCAAUGAUUUGUUUUAAAAUCGUCUAAUCUAGGCACGGGAAGGGUAAUAAAAUUAUUAUUUUGGUUUUGGAGUGAUAUAUGUGGAUAUAUUAC